CGCAGCAACCCGGCGCACGAGCUCACAGGAAGUCAUCCUGGGACUGAGACAGGGAAACCAUUUAAACCUAAAAAAAAAAAUAUAAAAUAAAAUAAAAUAAAAAUGAAAAAGCUUUGGGACAAGAUGUCGAAAAAGGUGCAAAGGAUGGACAGCACCAAGCCGUUAAUGGAGAACAACAACGACUAUGACGGUCCCGAACCUGAUAUCGGACUGCUCUCACAGGAGCUUCGUUCAGUGUGCUCUGAUGACGCCUCAGACAGGGAGCAGGUGUCCUCCCGUCACGCUGAGAGCAGCGGUGAUCGGCGUACGCAGAGAUCCGAGCGUCUGAGCUUCCCAGAACCUCCGGCAGACCUGGGGAAACAUCUGGAUCAGCAUCUGGAAGCUGUAGAUGAAAUAGUGCAAAAUAAUCACGCCACAACCGGAGCCGACUUCCUCUGUCAGAUACGUGAUCACGUUGACGCUCUGCUCCGGGACAUCAGCACCACCAAGAGCUGGGCAAUCCUGACGAGCUGGGUCUCACAGAGGAAGGAUCAACUGGAUCACUCCGACCUUGGUCUGCUGGAUGAAUGGGAAUCAAAAGCAGAGGACAAACUGCUGGAGAUAGUAAAGGUGGAAGUCAGAGAUUCCCUGGGAAAAAUCCUGGAUGCUGAUCGAACACAAAUGGAUUACAGUGAGGAGACCUACGCUCAACUUUAUGUGGACGUUAUUCAGUGUGUUAAUGCAAUGCCCAAACUAGUACAGGAGAAGAGAUUACUGAGUACCGAGGUGAAGAAGGUUUGCUUUCAAGAGCUGCAGAGUUUUGUGGAAAGGUACGUCUCGGAGCAAGACGAGGUACUGCGUAAAAAAGCUGAAGCACGGAGGGAAAACCCAGAAACCAUCUGGGUUUUCCUGAAGACUCUGAAAACGUGUAAAGAGCUAAGGCAGCACAUCCAGGCUGAAGGAAGCGCUAAAGCAGGCUCUGUUGACGAAACGAAGAAAACACUUGAAAAGUUGGAGGCUCUAACUCUGGAGCUUAUAAAGGAAAUUGCAACUGAACUUGCUGAGAGCUGCCUGACGGAUUACUUCAGACCGGCCAGCAGGCCAUGUGGGAGCUUUUCACUCCGCCAACGUGGUGAAAGACACUGUGAGCUGUUUGACUCUUUGCGGAAACGUUUUCCCAAGCUGCCUUACGCUUCGGAUGAACAAACGAUUGUGAUGAAUGAGGUUUAUAAGGUCGUUGCUCACUCUUACCUCAAACAUCUCCUCCAAAAAAGUCAGCGAAAACUGAAAAAGCAGUGGAGUUCUGAUGUUGGUAAAGCAGUCAAGGAGGAUGCCGAGGAGCUUCACGACACCAUCUCAGAUCUGGCUCCUGGCGUCCAGCAGUGGAAUCGCCUGCUACUGGUGAUCCAAGAGGUGUCGGACUCCAAAGACCUCGACUCACUCAAGCUCACCAUCGCAUUGAAACAGAAAGACAUUAAGAAGCAGAGUGAGGACCUGGAGCUCAUACCCAAACUGCUGCAGUGGAAGGGUCUCCCGAAACGGCAUGUCGGAGAAGUUCUGGAUGCUUUACCUGACAGUCCACCCAAAACCAAGUCUAAACCCUUAUUUUGCUGCUGCUACUGCUGCUCCUGAACUGCAAGCAACCGCACAAGCCUGACAUAUGUAAAGUUCGUAAAUGUAUUGAUAAAACACAUUCCAUUAAGACCAAGCCACGUCUACUGUAAAACUCCUUCAUUCAGGUGUAAAUUUUUCAGACAAAAAAGAAGAAAAAAAAAAGUCCACUUUGUAAAAAUGCAAACUUUCAAGGGACUGCUUCCUGCACCUUUAUCAUAACUGAGCCAUGCAUUCUCAGGUUGUGUUUUUGUUUUUGUCUGACUCAGUAUUCUUCAACUUGUGUGUGUGGACUCUGUCUGAUCUGCAGGUUCUUCCUUCAGGUAUCGGCAUUCUUUGUUUUGUUGUCUCUUUUGUUGCAGUGAGUUUUUCCCGCCCGCUUUGUUUUGUGCUUGUCUUUACAUGUUCUGCUUCAGAAAGGGUUUCAGAAACGGCAACAAGCCUUUUAAUGUAAGUAGUUUACUGCUAAAUUGCCCUGGUUUCGUUACAUUUGGUCUGUGAUGAUUCAUAUGAACUGAGGUACCAAGGAAUUUCUACAAUAUUCAGAAGACGUUAACAAUAAUAAAGUACAGGCAAACUCCUUCCCUUACUGAUCACAUCUUUGUUUUUUUUUACUGUUUUAGAUAGCUUUUAUAUGCCAUAUUUGUAUAGUAAUAUUUUUAUAAUUUUAUUUAUGAAAGAUAAUCUUUUUUUUUUAACAAUCUUUUAUUCUGCGUGGUUCUUGAAUUUCCUGAAUUUACUUGUAAAUUUCUGUAAUGAGGCUCCUGCAAAACAAGACGGAAUAAAUCAGCCGUAAUUUCCAGGUGCUAAAUAAAAACAUGGACAGAUUUAUACUGUAUUGAAUUGUAAAUGUUCUUAUUUUGCAUUUCUCAUUUUCUUUGCCUCAGUGUCAAUAAAGUAAGGUACUGUUUUAAAGGAUAUUGUUUCUCUUAUCAUGUUUGCAGAGUAUCAGGGAGGAAUUUUUUUUGUACUGACCAAAUGUCAAUAAAAUGAAU